ACAUUUGUGAGGGUGAUUAACUCUGAUCCACACUCCAACACAGCGCGGCGGUAAUGCGCCUUAACGCUGGUUGCCACCAGCCAUAAAACGGAAAAACAGAAGGAGGCGAAGAAGAGGAAGAAGAGGAAGAAGAAGAAGAAGAAGUAGAAGAAGAAGAAGAAGUAGAACACACGGAUGUGACUGACGGUUAUUUCCCGGGUCAGUGAGCGCUGAGCUGGCGGUCGGACUGUAACCCGUCUGUAACAGUCUUUAGCCCGCGUCUGUGACCGUGAUGGGGGUCUGUGUGGGUCCGUGCCGGGUCGUGCUGGUCUUCCUCGGCCUGCUGAUCUAUGUGGUCCCCCCUGGGACCGCCUGGGACGCGGAUCUGGAGCUGCUGGACCUGGUGGAGGAGAUCCCGCAGACCUUCUACCAGUUCCUGUCGCUUGAACAGGACGCUUCAGCAGCAGAGAUAAAGAAGGCAUAUCGGCGUCUCUCUCUCACUCUGCAUCCUGACAAAAACAAAGAUGAAAAUGCUGAAACUCAGUUCAGACAGCUGGUCGCCAUUUAUGAAGUCCUGAAGGAUGAGGAGAGACGACGCAGGUACGAUGACAUCCUGGUGAACGGGCUUCCUGAUUGGCGGCAGCCAGUCUUCUACUAUAGACGGGUGAGGAAGAUGAGUAACGCUGAGCUGGCCUUCCUCCUCUUCCUCAUCCUCACCGUGGGACAUUACGCCGUCAUCUGGUCCAUCUACUUGGAGAAACAGCUGGACGAGCUGCUGAGUAAGAAGAAGAAAGAGAAGAAGAAGAAGUUAAACUCCAGACCUGCAGACGAGCUGAGAUGUAUCAGCCAGGACCGGCCCGACAGAGUUCAGGACCGACCUCACUGGCACGACAUCCUCCCUCUGAAGCUGAGCAUCUGGCUUUACCUGUCCAUCAAAAACCUGCCGCAGACCCUCCAGGAGGUGCAGCAGUACUAUGAGGAGUACCAGCAGAUGAAGCAGCAGCAGAGAGAAGAAGCUGAAGCUGAACAAGAAGUUGUGACCAGAGAGAAGAGGCCGAAGGUGAAGAAGCCGAAGGUGGAGUUUCCAGUUUACGAGCCGUCAGCAGAGAACCUGAACUACCAGAGUUACCAGCAGACCUCGUCCAUCGAGGACAUCGAAGACCAGAUGGAUGACUGGCUGCAGGACCGCAAGGCUGCCAAGAAGAAGGCUGCAGACUGGACGGAGGACGAGCUGAGCUUCCUCAGCAGGUUGAUGGUUAAAUUCCCUGGAGGAACUCCGGGUCGCUGGGAGAAGAUCGCCCAUGAGCUGGGGAGAUCAGUGACUGAUGUGACGACUAAAGUCAAACAGGCCAAAGACAACGUGAGCCUUCCCUCAGGUCUGGUGAAGCUGUCGGAGCUGAAGGGACAGCCUCCUCCUGUGAGGUCACUUCCUGACAGCAUGAUGACUCAGCGAGGGGGUGGAGCCUGUGAGGAGGAGGCGGAGCCAGAGGAGGAGGAGGAAGCUCCAGCGGUCAGGAGGAGGAACAGGAAGACUGUCACAGCAGCAGACGGGGGAGAGGUCCGGGUCAGAGGUCGGCGGCAGAGAGAUUUCGACCCGGCAGCAGCAGCGGAAGAGGAGGAGGCGGAGCCUCAGGACCACACCACCUGGACUCAGAGCCAACAGAAGCUGCUGGAACUCGCUCUGCAACAGUUCCCCAGAGGAACCGGAGAACGCUGGGACCGCAUCGCCAAGGUGGUCCCCGGCAAGACCAAGGAGGAGUGUAUGAUUCGCUACAAGAUGUUAGCGGAGCUCGUUCAGAAGAGGAAACAAGCCAAGAGCUGAUGAACGCUGACCCUGCCUCCUGCUGUGACCUUUGACCUCCCAUGUUUUAUUCCUGUCCAGGUGAACUGGCUCCUGAUCAGAUGGAUAUGUUUUGUUUUUUUAUCGGCUCACCUGGUCAGGUGUGUUUUUUUAACCGAUGUCUGGUGUCAAACAGGACGACGUCACCUGACCUCUGACCUCACAGCUUCAUGUGCCUUAGCUCCACUCAACAUGCUGUCAAUCACUUCUGUUCAACUGAUCAAUAAACAUAUUUAUUAUCUGCUGCAGUAAGAAAGUAGAGAACUCACUUUGUGAAUAAAAUAAAUAACAGUU